CGAGUGCCCAAUGAUUUUCAGCCACCUGCAAACAUAAAGAAAAUGUUUAGUGACGGCAUGUUAACAACGGAAGAAGAGCUCCAGCAGUUUUUGGAGAAAUUUGCCGUGGAGCCGCACUUGAUCAAGGCAUACACUGCCCAUUUAGAAGAUCUUAAAAUACAAAGCGGCAUUAGAACAAGGGGGCGCGCAGAACAAAAGCGUAAAAUGAUGUCCAAAACGUUUGAAGAAUAUGCCUGGCGCGAUCUCGUAGAGUCUGGAGAUUUAAAAAAGUUGCUUGUAUCUGAGCUGAAUAAAUACCUUAAACAUUACAAACUCGUAAGCAGCGGCACCAAAGCUGAAAAGAUAUGGAGAAUCUCGUUGCACGUGCUUCGCGGGAACCAUGGUCAAUAGAAAGAUACGAAUGAGUUUACUGACGAGGAGACGAAGGAAUGUGGAACGGAAGAUGACAGCGAGGAAAUUGACAGCUCAGGGGACGAUGAAAGUGAGGCGGAUAUUGUCCUUGGAGAAUUGUUAAGUGGGCCUGACUCAGACCAAGACACGAUCGCGACUUCAUCACGCGAACGGGAACAUUAUUUUUUAGCAACUAAGAUAAUUUGCAGUCUGUCUACUUUGAAUAGCAUCGAUGAAAGUGAAAAGAUAUGGUUUGUCUUUCAAAGCGAUUCAGAUGAGGAGGAAUUUUAUGGUUUUGAUUGA